AUGCUCCAGCAGCGGCUCACUGGAUCAACGCUGCGUUGCGUAGCCGGGAGACAAGGCUUCAUCGAUGGCUUCAACACAUUCAAAAUCCGGCACAGCUCUACAACCGUACUUUCCCGGAACAAAACACCAACUACACAGAUGCCAAACCAAUCACUUGCGCAACAUCCGCUAUCAGCGAUGCCAACGCAUAUGCUGCUGCGCUCACUCUUCAUCGCCACAGUAUCAUCUCACAAGGUCCUCCUAAUACCAUCACUCAACCUCCUAUCGUUCUUCGCUACACCAAACCGAAGCUUCCUCUUCAAUGUGGACCGGAACCCCGUAUUGAAAGCUAUCUUGAAGAGAACGCUAUACAAUCAAUUUUGCGCAGGAGAAACGGAACAAGAAACGCGAGCCUGCGUGGCGCAGCUGAAAGAUCUGGGGUUCAAAGGAGUGAUAUUGACAUACGCAAAGGAAAUGGUGUUCGACCAUAAGAAUAAUCAUGCAAACCAUCAUACCUCUGACAAAUUUUUUGAUGAGAAGGCUGUCGUUGUAUAUGAUACUGAUAUCGAGGCGUGGAGGGCGGGCACGCUAAGGACUCUUGAUCUCAUCUCAGAGGGGGACAUCCUGGCCUUGAAAACAACGGGAGGUGGUCCGGCAGUCUCAGCAGCAUUCAGCAAAGGCGACCUACCACCCCAGCAAAUGCUCGAUGCCCUAGACGAGAUAGCAACAAAAUGCAAAGAGCGCAAUGUUCAAAUCAUUGUCGACGCCGAGUCUCAGCAUUGGCAAAAAGGUAUCGCUCGUACAACCCUCGAGCUGAUGCGCAAGUUCAACCGCAACGGCAAAGCCAUCAUCUACAACACCUACCAAGCCUACCUCAAGGACACAGCUGAAGUACUCGCAUACCACAUGACUGAAGCGGAAAGGGAUGGAUUCACGCUUGGUCUCAAGCUCGUGCGAGGCGCAUACAUACUUUCCGAUAACCGUUCCCUGAUCCACGACACGAAAGAAGACACAGACCACGCCUACAAUACCAUAGCACAAGGUACUCUUCGCCAGCAGAUCGGUAUGUUCGGUGCCUCCGGACCCUCCGCACGUCCAUUUCCUUCUGUAAAUCUCUUCCUCGCAUCUCAUAACCGCGAAAGCGUACUGUCAGCCCAUAGGCUUCACCGUCAGCGUCUGGAAGCUGGUCUACCCACUGUGCCUGUCGCGUAUGGACAACUACACGGCAUGUCAGAUGAAGUCAGCUUCUCUUUGUUGGCGGAGAAGGGCGAGGGUAGCAAGGCGCCUGAGGUGUUGAAGUGCACGACCUGGGGUAGUAUGGGCGAAUGUAUGGGGUAUCUGCUUCGGAGAGCAGUGGAGAAUCGCGAUGCUGUGUUGAGGACUAAGGAUGAGUUUGCAGCGUUAAGAAGGGAGGUUAGGAGGAGAUUCUUCUGGGCGUGA